UUUGUGCCGGCAGCGGGGCCAUGGCCGGGGCCGGGAGCGCAGCGCGGGGGCUGCUCCAGCCCUGCAGCCCGCGGGGCAGCGCGGAGGAGCCACAAAAGCAUCUGGCCCCUCUGGGAAAAGAGAGAGAAGCAGCCAAAGCCAAGGAGGAGCGGCAAAGUGAGGAGCUGCUGAAACAGACAGAAGCCGAGAGGCAGAAGAUUGUCUGGGAGUGGCAGGAGCUGCGAGGGUUUCUGGAGGAGCAGGAGCAGCGGCUGCUGUCCCGGCUGGAGGAGCUAGAGAGAGCCAUUGCCCAGAGAAGGGAUGAGGGCGUCUGCAGCCUGUCGUGGGAGAUUUCCCUGCUAAGGGAGAGGGGAGGAGAGAAGGGGCAGCAGCUGCUGAGCCAACCCCUGCAGGGUGCUGGGAGCACUGGGGGCAGCAGGGAGGAUGGGACGUUUUGGACGCCAGAACCAUCGUUUGCGGAGCUGGAGAAGAUACUCAGCGAUUUCUCCCUGAAAAGUGCCAUGCUGCAGGAGGUGCUGCUGGGAUUCAAAGAGACACUGCAACGGGAGCUGGGGAGCGACACAGGCUACAGAUUAACGUCCACGUUUUGCUCCAGAUCAUCCCAUCCUCCCAGGGGGAAGGCAAUGGCUGCAAUGGAGCUGGCUCAGGGGCUGGUGACUUUCGAGGAGGUGGCUGUGUAUUUCACCAAGGAGGAAUGGACUCUGCUGGACCCCACUCAGAGAUGUGGGAAAAGCUUCAUCGAUAGUUCAGCCCUCAUCUUACAUCAGCGAAUCCAUACAGGAGAAGCACCCUACACAUGCUCAGAGUGCGGGAAAAUCUUUAGUCACAGCUCUACCCUGAACACACAUCGUAGAAUCCACACAGGAGAGAAGCCUUACACGUGCUCUGAGUGUGGGAAAAGCUUCAAUCGGAGCUCAAACCUUAUAAUACAUAGGAGAAUCCACACGGGAGAGACACCUUAUACGUGCACUGAGUGUGGGAAAAGCUUCAAUCACCGCUCUUCCCUUAUCACACACCGUAGAAUCCACACAGGAGAAAGACCCUACACGUGCUCUGAGUGCGGGAAAAGCUUCAAUCAGAGCUCACACCUUAUCAAACAUAGGAAAAUCCACAUAGGUGAGAAACCUUAUGGAUGCUCGGAGUGUGGGAAAUGUUUCUUUAAUCGUUCAGACCUCAUCUUACAUCAGAGAAUCCACACAGGGGAAAAGCCCUACACAUGCUCUGAGUGCGGGAAAAGCUUCAGGCACAGCUCAAGCGUUGUUUCACAUAGGAGAAUCCACAUGGGAGAGAGUGGGAAAAGCUCUGAGUGCGGGAAAAGCUUCAAUCAGCACUCAAGCCUCAUUAGACAUCAGAAAAUCCACAUGAGAGAGAAUUAUAAUAAAACCCUUGACUAGGGUUUAAAAUUUUUUUUAAAAAAAAAAAUCACAGUGAUUUUUGCAUCAUCUUCACCGUGGUGUCUCAGUUCCACCAGAUAAGUUGCCUGCUUCUGCCUUUUGCAGCUCAUCCUUCUUUGGGGUCAGUCCUAUGAUCUUUUCUAUCAACUCCUUUCCUUCUGAGUCAUAGGAGUGUGUCCCCCUUCAGCCAGGAAUGUUCAUCACCUCCAGGUGCGGGAGGAGACAGGUUUGAUCCCAGCAAGGUACACUGAGGCAAAAACUACCUGUGCCUUCCAUCCACUAGGACUAUAUAUGUCAUUGUCUGCUCAAGUUAGUGAUAUUAAUGUAAAAAGUUGUAGUGCAGAUGCAGCGCAGGUGCAGUGGUUGGCAUUAGCUUUCCCCUUGACCUGACCUAAACUCCAUCACUUUUCCUAGUCUAAACAAACCCUGAGCAUCACGGUUAUACUGUUCCCCCAUUUCAAAGCCAUUGUUAGUCAUCCAGUUCUCCCUUGGGGAACAAAUUGUUUCCUUCCCAGUUGCUCUGAUGUAGCUUCAGGUUGUGCUGGAGAACAGAUAUUUUUAUUAUCAUUUUCUGCACUUAAAAUAUAUUGAACUAUAACAAAGAGCAGGAACAGGGCAGGGAUAGAGAAAAAUGUCAUUUCACCCAUUGUAACAACAGACGUAGUUAGGGUAAGUCAGAGGGAGUCCCUUAUUCCCCAUCACUCUCCUCCUUCAAUCUGUGCUAGAACCUAAGAAUCCUUUUCCUUUCCCCAGUUGUGGGAUGGGAGACUUCCAAAAGUGCUCCCUGUGCUAUAGCACAUGGCUAAGCUCAGAGAAUAAACCCCAAAUAUCCCC